UGUAGACCCCAUAAAUGUUCAAUAUUAUGGCCGCCAUAGUGGAUUAGAAGUGUUCCAAAAACAAGUAGUUUUCAAGUUGAUGUGCCCGUUAUUUUUGUGAAAUUAAUUAAUUCGAAGUAAAUUUGGAAACUGUAGGGGUGUAUUCGUAAUUUGCAUUGCUUUUCAUGUUGAUUGCAUUUGUCUUCAUAAAUACAGGCCCAUUUGAAUAGUGUAAACAAACGUAUUUGGACGUUUGUUUACCUGUCUCCUAAACAUACAGCGGUAGCGGAUUCAGUGUUCAAUUUUCUUUGGAUUUUAUAAGUUCUGCAGAAGAGCUGAAUGUGUUAUGGACGUUCCAUUAUCCAUUGCCAUGGAUUAAGCCUUCGUUUUUUCCUAAUUUUGACGAGUGCUUCUUCAAAACGUUUGCUCUGCAAUGUUGGAAAAGGGUGAAAAAGUACCAUUCGAUGUAGCCACCCAACGUCCAGAAUUGGUACCCUCGAGAUGAGCAUUAUUUUGAGAGUUGGUGCUGUCAAGCCCAAUGGAGGCCUAGAAUCACAAUAUGGCAGUGGAGAUGAAGCAUCUUCAUCAUACACUGAUGCUGAUGUCUUGGACAUUCCACUGCCAGAACAUACGUAUCAACGACCUCUUCCCCCACCCAGCACCCUCCCUCAAAACAGUACAGGAUACUUUGGCUUACCUUACCAGGACCACAACUAUGGCAUGCCUCCGCCCCCUUCACCGCCCCGGCCGGUUUCACCGAGACCUCCGUCUCCACUGCAAGUCAAUGGGGUGGUCCAGAUGGAGGAAGAAGUCAAGACCACUCCUCUUGUCUCUGUGGUCGAAGAGAUUGUGGAGGACAGUGUGACGCGCUGCAUUUGUGGAUACCUGCACGAUGAUGGCUACAUGAUCUGCUGUGACAAGUGCAGUGUGUGGCAACACAUUGACUGCAUGGGAGUCGAUCGCAACAACAUUCCUGAUAGUUACUUCUGUGAACAGUGUCAGCCAAGAAUACUUGAUGCUGCACAAGCCAAGGUCAUGCAGAAAAGGAAGCGGGAGGAGUUAGCAGCGCGGAAUGUGUUAUCAGACACAAGUGCUACGGAUACUGAUCCAGAAGAAGCUACAAAUGCCUUGCAGUCAAUGGGGAAGAAGUUGCCUGUGGGAAAGAAGAAAGCUUUACGACAGAAACGUGCAGGAAAAGUGAAAGAGAAAUCGCAGUUGAAACUGAAAGUUGGCAAGUCGGGUAUUCAGAAAAAGGCAAAGAAAGCUGGGAAGAAAGAGAAAGAAAACAUAAAGGCAACGAAACCAAGAAAGAUCUUUAAAACGGCUUCUCAAAGGAUGAAAACUGGAAAAACGAAAAACAGACUUCUCCUAACCUUGGACCAAUUGAAUGGUGAUCCAUGGAACAGCAAUUUAAGUCCAUGGGUUGAUUCCUAUGAAUAUGCCCAUGAAAACCAAUACAGUGCUGGUGUCAAAGACUUCUUCAGUAGUUACCUUGUGACCCAUUCAGUUGACGAGUCGCAAAUGCUGCUUGACCAGCUUCAGUCUCACAUUACGUGUGUUGCUGAUGUAAAGAAAAAUAGAAAGGGUCUGAGGGCCACUCAAGAGAUCCCUGCUGGUCAGGCGAUCAUAGAGUAUAAAGGCAAAGUGAUGCUCAGACACGACUAUGACAAGGAACAUUCUUACGUGAAUUGUUUUAAAAAGUUGCAACCAUUUGUUCUGUUUUAUUCAAGACUGGAUGUUGACUUAUGUGUAGAUGCUCGGAAUUAUGGCAAUGAGUCUCGUUUCAUCCGGAGGUCAUGCUCUCCAAACUCUGAGGUUCAACACACAUUUGAUGGAGGAAAGGUAUUCUUUUUGAUUGUUUCUCGGCAUGAGAUUUCUAGUCAAGUGGAAAUCACAAUACCUUUUGACUACAACUAUCAAGAAUGUUCCUAUUGUGUUGAGUGUGCCUGUAUAAAGAACAACUGUGCAGUGUCAAGAUAUUGGAAAAAAGUGAAAAAUUCCCACAAGUCAGCAAAGAAAGAGCUUGGUAUCAAGAGAAGACGCCAGUCGACAGUGGAGAUUGAGAAAACACCUUGUGAGGAACUGAAUGCGAGUCGGUCCCCUCCUGUGGGCAGCCCCAACAAGGGCAACACUACUCCAGUAAAAGCCCUGCAGAUUAAGUUCUCAACAGCAUCCAGCCCUCCGCCUCCUCCAAAACUGAGCAGCCCUGUGAAACUGUCAAACGUGUCUACACUCCUGGCCGCCUCAGCACUCUUGGACGGUCAGCUGGACGUAGCGUCCACCAUGGGAGCAUUUGAUGUGAAAGACUCAUCAUUGCAGAAGUCGCCUCCCCCAGCAACACCACUGACACCACCAGCUAAACCAGUGUCCUCGAGGAGAGCCAGUCGAAUAAUGGAGGAACCUGCAAAUGAAGAGAAGCCAGUACUUAGUUUACCUAACGCCACGAGUCACACAAAAGAAAAACAAGGGAAGAACAAAGAGCACAAGACAAAGGAGAAAGACAACAAAGACCACCCGUACCAUCACCAAAAUGAAGUGAAGAAAGAAAGACGACUGUCGGCCCGCAGACAAAGUCAGGAAGAACCAGACACAGUAGUGGACUGCAAGAGUGAAGUACCAGCAGCAUCUACAAACACAGCCACCAGUGAGACAGAAGACUCGGGCACUGCUUCAGACUGUCCAAGGAAGAUGACACGUGAAGAAAGAAAGCUUGAUGCAAUUAUGAAGGCUUUUGAGAAAAUGGAGAAAAGACAGGAACGCCGCAAGGAAGCAGCUGCCAAAGGCGACACUGUGACUAAGAAAGGGCAUGAACCAAAGUCUAAAAAGAAAGAGGAAGGUGAAAACCAAGGUGGGGGGAACGGUCACUCGAGGACGGGAUCUCAGGAUGGGCCAGUCGACGAGACGGAAGUGAAACCGGAACCCGUGCAGGGUGCAGCAGACGUACAGAUGAAGUCCCCGGGGCCCGGCAGUGGUGGAGAAGGAGAGGUGAAGGUAGAGCAGCCUGACCCAGUGGUCCUGUCCCCACCCACCGGCAGUGUGUCGCCCGUCGCUGCGGCUCCACCGGGGGUGUCAGCGCAGCCUGAGCCGCCAGUGGUGCCCAGGCCCGUGAAGGAAGAACAGCCGUCUCCUCAGAAAGUUGUCAGAAGGAUGGGCAAAAGAAAAAGAAGGAAAAGCCGGGUCCAGAGCACCUCUGUUCUGUCGGAUACUGCAUCUCUGUCCACGGAUGAGGGCAACAGUAACAGCAGCUUCCCAGCCACCCCGCUGUCAGUGCCACCCACCCCGUCUGUUCCCGCCACACCUGUUAGCGCCCCUGUACCCUCUACCGAUGUGGACAACAGCUCUGAGUUCAAGUUCAUCAAGACGAAAAAGCAUUUAUUCACAGAGUGGUCAAAUAAACAUGAGGAUGAGAACAAGCAAGAAGAAAUGUUUGUACAAUGUUUACCGAGCCCUCAUGUGAACACAAUGGAUCAUCUGCAGAGAAGGAACUCCCAGAGCGCAGGCUGCAGUAAAGGCUCAGAUGCCAAUGCAGCAGGCUCUGCUAAGAAGCGCUGGUUACGUCAAGCCAUGCAUGAAGUGCCCGUGCCGGUGGAUUUCAAGCAGGGCCUGUCGGUCAGCACGGAUGCUCCCGACAACAUUUCUCCCGCCCCGAGGAGUGCCAGCCCCAAUCUCGCUGUUGGCCUAGGAAGUCCGAGAGCUACUUCUCCACUUGAUUUUGUGACACCCCUGAAGAAGCGCCGGUUAAUGCGAGAGUCUUUGUCUGGCGAGAGCAGUGGGUCCGUCAUCUCCCCCAGUGCUGGUGUCCUGGCAGAAAGCUUUGCCUCCAACAGCAUCGGUGUGGCGCCGAGAACCAACGGAGUGAAGCAGUUCUUCCCUCCGCACAGACACAGCACAGAUGAUCGACUGUUGUUGCACAAGAACUACCCCAUUCAGAAUGGUUUCUCGGGCACCAUACCAGAGGAAAGAAGAGCAAGUGCAUCUGCUAGCUCCACGCACGUAUCACUCAACAGCACACCAAGCCACCUGAAUCACAGAGACGAUUCUGGUUCAGAAGCUUCGCCGUCUUCUGGUGUAUUCCCACCCGUGAAAGUUGAUCCUAUUUCAGUGACUGCUUCCUCAGUGGCCAGGAUGAAUGGACUGUCUGGGGUGAGGCCUAGCGUGAGCUCGGUCAACGUGCCUCCACCAUCCAGCUCUCAUUUUCCUCUCAAAUUAAGGAACAUUUUUGAGAAGAUGGAAGUUGACAGUAGUGCUGAGGGAGGGAAGGAGAAGGCUCCCCAGGCGAGCUCAUCUCUGUUGUUUCGUGAGAAUGGCCUUGGUCACAUAGGGGCUCCUUUCCGAGAAGUCAUUUCUGCUAAACUGGAGGAAGACAGCGGAAUUGGCAGCUCGGCUUCCACCUCCACUGUGGUGGUUGUAAAUAGCAGUAGUGUAUAUAACGGGGUGAACAACCUCAUGGAGGAGGGCAGUGAGGCAGGGUGUGUGACCACCAAAUCCAUCAUGGACAUUGACAGCCCGGCCACCGUGCGGGUGGACCUCAAUGCCCACGAGAUGGAGCCAUCCUCCCUCAGCGACAGCUCGGCUGUGGUGAACUUGAACGAGAGGUUGUUUCAGCUGGACGCGGUUCAGGAGAGGAGGACUCGUGACACAGUGGGCGACUGCCAAGUGAACAGCUCGGAAGACAUUGUGAACUCUCUGCCUUUGCCUGUUUCAGGCCAUAAUAACAUUGACAUCUGUGAUAAUGGGUGCACGGACUCUUCUGUCGUGCAGGUUCGUAUUAGUGAGCCAGGAGGGGGGGAGGAGAGAGCGGUGGCUGGCCUCAGUCGGGACGAGGAGGUUGUGGACAGUUCCCAGCAUGUAAAUAGGGUCAGCCGCGCAGGUGGCUCGACGUCAUCAGUAUUCCCUGACCAGGAUGAGGUCAGCGUUAGCAUAUCGAGUGCGAGAGAUGCGGUGACCACCGUCUCGGUUAGUAAUGCGGGGCCAGAGGUGUCCAACGAGGGCAUCAGUUCAAGUGGUCAGUGUUCACAGUCGGCGGAGGACAAUGCUGUGUCUGUGUGUGAUUCCAUAGAAGAGGAGCAGGGUGGGGUUAGUGCAGGGGAUGGUGGGGUGUCGGGGACGAACUGUGACUCGCAUAGCAUGGAGGUGGAGGAGAGUCAGGCACGGCAAGAGGAGGAAGAGGAGAUGGACAGCGACGUGCAUACUGCGAGAGAGGAGGAGGAACGGGGGGAAAUGUGUGAUUCAGCCAGUGUAGCGCACGAUGUAGAGGCUAGGGGAAACCCACUGGCUUGUCCCGAGGUUGCGAGUAACAGCGAAGCGGAUGUUUCAGGGGAAGGUAUUGUGUCCGAGUCUCACAAUGUAGAGGAUGUGGUGAGUGACUUGAACUCUGCAGAUGGGAAUGUGGACUCGACUUGUGGGGAGUCGGCCAAAGAACUCUGCAGCUUUGCGCCUGCUCCGGCAGAGACAACUUCCAACAGUUCUACAGGAGCUGUCGACAGUUUCUGUGACAGUAACUUUGAACGAUCGGGUCGUGUGUUGCAAGAAAACUCUGUAGGCAAUGACGAUUCUUCUGUGGAAGGUCAAGGUGUGUCAUCGUCAAAUCUCUUGGAGGUGCGGAGUUGCCACACAGUGUGGGACAACGACGUCCUUGGGCCGGGAGAGGCAAUGUCAGACAAUGCAAUGUCAUCUGUUGCCCAGGAGUACAGCUCUCAAAUGUCGCCUAUUACGUCGUCAGCAUCUGCUCAAGGUUCUUCUGCUGUGCAGUCCAGGGUGUCUGCAUCAUCUCCCAGCUCCAAGGACGAAGGAUCUUCGUCGCCGUCUGUCAGUGGCUCUAUCUUUUUGUCACAAGCUGGCACUGUGUGUGUCAGCAGCAAUGACUUGCCAAGCGGCUCUGAAUGUCAGCCUCCAUCCUCGUCACUGUCUGCGCUCUCCUUGUCGUCUUGCCCGUCAGCCCUUUCCACGUCGUUGUUGUCCCCCAGUGCUGGCCGAGUUGAAGAUGACUUGAGCUCCACCACACCAGGUUCGAGUGCGUCGGUUUCUCCUCACAGUGGCUGUGGGUUGGCUGCCCCAGGUUCUUCCUCCUCCAUCUCUUCCUCGGCAGAAGCAGCCCCAGCAGCGAAAAAGAAGGUCAGCUUGUUUGAGUACUGGAAGCGUUUGAAAGACAAACCGGCGUCAGCUACGGAGACAAAGACAUCUCCGAGCUCUGGUUCCUCAUCAUCUUCUUCCUCUGCAUUAUCUUCAUCAUUAUUGUCCUCAUCCACCGUUCUGCAUCAGAACAGUUUUUCAGCCAGCCGUUCAAGCACUUCACCUUCAUCGUCCUCACACUCACCUUCAAGAUCAUCAGCACCAUUGAAUCCGCGGAAGCAUCGGAUGCCUACGCUGGCAACGCUUCCCUUGUUUAAGUCUUCUGAUCCUAGGAAAGACGAGAAAAGAAAGGCGAAGAGCAGUAAACCCGAGAAACAAUUAAGCCUGACAGAAAGGCUGAGAUUGGAGUUUGGUGUGGAAGAUGUCGAGGAGGACUCUGGUAAACAGAAAAGUGAUACCAAGAAGCACCGGGAGCCCGGAACGCCUCCGCCCCCUCCUCCCCCACCCCCUCCUCCUCAUCCUCCUCCACUCCACCCUCUUGGUGCCUCUCAGGCUCACCCACACCACCACCAGACCACCCGACGCAAUGUCACCGACGUUCGAUCAGAUGAGUCAGAAGUUGCUUCUUCAAAUGGUGGUGCAGAAGACAGUGCUCCGCCACCACCCCCACUCAGCGCUAGCUCUCCGUACCCACAGACGUCUGCCGCGCACAGUUUUGUCACACCUUCCAGCCACAUGAGAGCUGGGUCAGGGGCUUACAGCGGCUCUUCGGUUCAGCCGUUAAUCAAUGGCAGUACAGGAGUGAACUUCAGCUUCCACCAGCAACAGUCUUGUAUUUCGUCGACUUCACUCUCGGUUCCCCCUCCCGUAAGAGCCUCGGGACCUGUUGGGCACGACAGACCGGGCAGUGCAGGAAGCAUGGUGUUUCCCAGUUCCGCUCCAGGCAUGCCACAUUCUCCACGUAUGAACAGUCAGCCGCCGGCGUACAUGCACCCUCCUCCCCCACAGGCCUCGCAACAACACCCUUCUUCAUCGUCCUUGUCGUCGUCAUCAUCGUCUUCGUCAUCAUCAUCAUCCUCCUCGCCAUCAUCCUCCCUGUUGAACCCUCCUCCUCCUCCUCCACAUCACCCCACUGGCCUGCCACACCCAUCCCAGUUCCACAUGUGGCCGAGUUCUGGUGGCACGGCGGGGCCAUCCUCUCACACUCCCUCGUCCUCUGGGGCUCACGGUAGUGCUGCUUCAGUGACCAAACAGUAUGACUACAAUCACAGGACACCCACCCAGGGGCCAGCUGUGAGUGGAAACGUUGUACCCAGCGACCAUCCUCCGCCGCCGCCACCUCUACCCCCGAGACCACCGCCCCAUCGAAUUUCAACCGUGUCAUUAUCAUCUUUGUCGUCCUCAUCAUCAUCUUCGUCGUCAUCAUCAUCAUCGCACAGACAUUAUCACCCGCAUCACAGCUCAAGUGGGAAAAACAAGAGCAGCAAGGCAGCAUCAUCAUCAUCAUCUUCUUCUUCUUCACGGUACAUUGACAGUAGAAAUAAGUUCUAAUCUUAUGAGUUGUUGUACUUGUAAAAAUGUACAUUUUAAAUGUAAAUAUUAAAAUGUGUAGGAACACAUUUAUGGUUUGUAAAAACUUUCUCUUCAUUAACAAAAAAAAAACUUGGGGGAAAGGGUGAAAGUACAGGGUGUAAAUAAGAACGGUAUGAUUCCGCUCCCCUUGAAACUCUUUUGAGUGUUAAUAGAAUGCAGGGAAAAGGAGUUGUUUGAUUAAUUUGUCACAUUUGUGUCGCUGAUUGGCUCAGGUGUUGACGCCAUUCUGUGAAGGUUAAUAACGUCUUUCCACUUGUCCACCGGCCUAGAACCCGUCAUGUUGUGUCAUUCCCUUUCUCUUUGCGGGAGAAUUGUACUUUGUCUCGUCCUGUCUGGUCUGUGCUGCUGUGCAAGCUCCAACAACUUGGGAAUCGCUGCCUCUUCAUCUUGCUGUGUAUUAACUCUUGUCCUGUUAAGGAUUUAGGUCAGGCCUGUCAGACUCAGUCGCUCAGGGGACCCAACUCAAAUUACACUUUAAAAGUUUGAGGGUCAAAUUUUGACAGCACUCGUUGAGCAGUGGGAAAACAAAACCUUUGAUAUUAAUGAUAUUAAUUCAGACUAAAGUUAGAAUAAUAAAGUCAGGGCAUUUCAAUUUUAGCUGUUAUGUCAAUUAGUCAGGGAUGUUUGGCAUCUUUUUAGGGGGGGGGGGGGGGGGGAGCAACACGUUGCUUUAUGUUUGGAAUUAAAUUCUGUGUCGCGAAGAUUCUCAGGGUAGGCUACCUAAAAUUCUCUUGCAGGCCGUAUGUAACAGUUUAACAGGCUGGAUACUGCCCUCAGGCCUUCAGUUUGACACCUGUGCUGUAGGUCUGUCACGUUCAAGUACCCUCUUGUCCCUGAAUCUGUGCUCCCAAAAGGUUGAUUUUGUGUGUGCUCCCUGGUGAAUGAGUCUGCUUAAAUUUCAUGAAGUGUGUUCUUCAAAAUCAAUUCUUUAAUCCGUAGCGUAUUAUUUUUUGUGCUUUUUUUUUUGGUCUUCCUUUCACUUUUCUAGUGUACUUUGACUUUCCACACUGUUUGUUCUUGACCUGUUAGAGCAGCUUUUUAAAAUUGUGUCGAGCCCUAUUUUUAGUCCGUUUUGUUGCUAUUUCUCGACAUUCUCGAUGUGUAAGCCACUUCUAUUCAUGGACUCAGUGUGCUGUUGGUACCCCUAGUUUGAUUUCCCUUGCACUUAUAUACUGUUGGUUCAUUACCCUAUUUUGUUGUCUAAUUUUGUUAGUUUAGAUAUUGCCUGUUUGAUUAUGAUUAUUUAGCUAGCCUUAAGACUAUCCCAGCACCACUAAUGUUGUACACUCUUUAUUUCCUUCUUUACCUGAUGAUUUGUAGUUCCUUGCUUUGACUGUGAUUCUGUCUUCUGUAUUAUGAUCUUGCAUUCUGAUAAAGGUUUUUUUCAGUCAACAAAUAGUGUAGCAUGAACAGCUUUCAUUGAUGGUGAAGUGGAACUGUAUGUAUUCAGUGAACCUUUGAUGGUGAUGAAAGCAAGAUUCAACAAACAAUAGAGCAUUUUAGAUGGAUAGUUUUGUGGGGAUAUCCACCUUUAACGUAACAUGUUGCAAGUUCUGUGUGUUUUUAUUUUUUAUGUUUAAAAAAAAAGAAAUUUUUCCUUAGCAUCCCUUUUCAAAUUCCUCAUUAAAAGCACAGCUUUUGUUUUAGAAGAUACCUUUUUUUCAUGAUGUGAUUGAAAACGUUAAAGACAAGCAAUGGCUCAUGCUGAGAAGUAAGCGGAGUAUACGAGGCAACCUUUGAACAACAAGAGCAAAUGUUUUAUCUUGACUUAUUUUGAUGCAAUGUUUAAUUGCUGGCUUUGACCAUUCACUUAAAAAGUCAAAGACUGGUGCACCAUUAUGAUGUGUUGCACUCACAAGAGAACCCUUGCAAUUCCCUGUUCGGUUAGCCAAUAUGGCCUCUGAAGUGCUGCUGAGUGCACACACAGAGAAAAGUAAGAAUGGUGUCAUUAAUGAAAGUGAAAGAAAAAGAAGGAAUAUGAGAACAACCUCUAUUUGUUAAGAUUUGUUUUGUUAAUUGAGGGUAAAUGCUCCUUUCUAUUUCACCCCUAGAUGCUAGGUGUUUCUUGUUAUUGUUGUCUGGGAGGGAGAAUAUUUUUCAGAGUAGAGCAGUGUAUACUGUUGCUUGUUUUAAUACCUUUCACACCAUUGUGAUUUUUUGUUGUUGCAAUUUUUUUUUUAAUCUAAAGCUCUAUAGAAAGAACAGGUGGUCAAUAUCUUUAUUUUAUUUGACAAAGUAAAUAUGAUAAAGAGUAUAUAUAUUAUUAAAACUGUUUGAUGAAGAAGAGCCAUGAUGCUUUCGAUGCAGUUGAGCUUUGAUCGUGCCCAUGUACCUUGUGCCCACUGUGUCAUGUCACACAUUCUGUCCCUCUCCUUCCUCCCCUCCCCCUCCCAUGGCAGCAGGCAAAAUCAUUCCAGUGAACUGUCUCUUGUCCUUCUCUCAUACUACUGUUGCAAGUUGUCAGCUUUGGCUUAGAGAGGAAAGAGAUGGCACAGUGGUAAGCUUCAAACUACAGCUUUGAGCUUACUGUGUCGUCCAAGAACAAGAAAAGUCUUGUUCAUGAGUUAUGUUGAAUAUAUUCAUGCGUUCACCCCCCCCCCCCCCCCCCCCAUCAACUUCAUGUCUUGCUGUACUCUUGUUCCCUCCCUCCCUCCCUAAUGAGACGAUGAUGUUAGUAUUUCUUCACUGCCAUAUUUCUGCAACAGGCAGAAGUCACAUUUUAAUGAGGUUUUGUUUUGUUGUAUCCAUAUAGUUUUCUGUGUGUUUAUCGGUAUAAUCUUGUUGGUUUUUCUUUUGUUAGGCACAUGAGUUGUUGUGGCUUGUCAUCAGUCUUUGUUGUUUAUUAUUUACAUUUAUUGAACGUUAUAUAUCAUUUAUGUUGUUAUUUCGAUCUUAGGUUAAGAGUAAAACCAAAAUGUGUUUAGGUUGUUUGAAAAAGUUGUGAACUAGUUAAACUUUUUCGGGGGAUAAUUGACGUGUUGGACUUUCAGUUUCCUAUUACUAGAUAUAGUUUUUAGAUUUGGGGGGUAUUUUGUUGUUUUUAAACUGUUGGGUCACGACUUUGUUUGAGUUUUUGGGAAAUAUCACUUCCUGUGUUUUAUGAUUUUAGAAAGUCUGUUUUGAGCAUCUUUUUUUAGAUCUGUUUCAGUCUCAGAAACAUCUUUGGCUUUGGGGGGGGUGGUUUUGUUUCACUUUCUUUGUGUAAUGUACUUACCUACCCCUUAACUGUUGUUGUACAUUUGAUUCUUACUGUGUGUUAAGCAUAGAUUGACUUAGUUCGGGGGGUUUUCGUGUUUUUUUUUUUACUUGUUAGUUACCUGUUUGUUUCAGUUCAAUGUGAAACAGUGGUUUGCACUGCCGCUGGCAUCUGUAAAAGAAUUUUGCUUUUGACCUUUUGAUGAAAAAAGGCAGAAGAAAAGUAGACCUGAACACUCCACAUUUUCUUUCGUAUCAUGCACAGACAGACAGCAGAAGUUCUGAAGCGGAACAACUAGGUUUGUUUUUCCCUGCAGGGAACGAUCGAGAUAGGUUAGAUGGGUUUUGUACAAACUGUACAGUGCUAUUUUCCUUCCCAUUCUCUUAUCGAGGCAUUUGUAACAUUGCUUAUGUUUUAUUCAUCAUCAUGUAGAAUCAAGUGUAAAUAUGAAAGUUCACUUUUUUCAAUGUGGCAUUUGUGUAAAAAAAAACCUGACAUGUUAUGUACAGCUAUUUUCUCAUACUGGGAAAAAAAAACACCCUGCUUUUUGUGGGAAAAUUCAGGCUCUGAUCUCAGAAACAGCAAUGAAAUGUAGUAGCUAAAUUUCUCCUUUGUUGGACUAGUCUUUUCAAUCAUAGUGAAAGCUGGUAAAAAUAUACUGCCAAAUUGAUAAGGCUUCUCCUUCUUUUCUAAGCUGGUCUACUUCUACAUAUUGCGUUCCCUACACUAUUACUGAUUUAGUACUGGAAUAUUUUUUUUUCUCAAAAGAAUAAUUAAUUGAUCACCUAUUAUGGGGUUUCAGUUGGGUAGUCACCAGAAUGGAAUAUGUUGCCAAGUAUUAUUGGGGGGGGGGGGGCUAUAUUUAAGUAACCUUAAUUCUAAAUUCUUGCUCUUGUGGGGAAUCUGCUUGGUUGGUUUGUUGGGUUUUUUUACUUCAUGAGAAGUGAAUAUUCUCUGAAUAUGGCUGACAGUAAUGAGGCCUCAAAAGCAGACUUUUUGCAAAGUUUUUUCCUCUUUGGAGUUGGUUUAUGGUUAAAAUGUUAUUUGGUAGGUGCAAAGAGUUGCAUUGAGUUUUGCUCAUGCAAAAAGAAAUGUGAAAGUGAAUUCAAGUAAGUCCAUUCUAUCCCGACUCGCUAAAGUACGCACAUCUCAUGGUUUGGUGGGGGCUACAGCUACGUUCCGACAUGAUACCAGGAGUAAUCUUGCAUCAGAGAUUCUUCACAUGCGUUCAUCAAAUUUACUUUGUGCAAUUGUAUCCAUUGUUUCCCCUGUGUAUUAACAAAAACAUCUUUGCCUUGGGACCAUACUUCACCUUGGUCUGAUCAUUUAUCCUUGAUGAUGAAAAUAAUGCAAUGGUCGUGUCUGAAAUGUUUUUUUCCCCUUCUGUAUGCAUGUGCUUGGCAACAGAACAUUGCUUGUAAAUGUGGUUCAAGUGGAACUGAUUGUCUAUCCCUCCUCAGUCCCUAUGAAGAAUUCAUGAAGAUAGAUCAGUUUUAAGAUACGAUACCAAUUUCUUUUUUAGUAGUAGAAGUGGUAAAGUGGCAGAUGGGUUUGGGAUGUUGAAUGUUUAGCAGAUUGCCCUUUUUUUUCCUCUCUCUUCCUGUGUAGGUCAUGUCAAUGGAUGCUCUGGUGUGGUGUGCUCCAGCCUCUUUCAGUGUGGCUUUUGUCUCUUUGUCUACUUUCUGGCUCCUCUCCGAGUUUGGAACUGGCGUCUGUGGUGUAGAGCUGUUAGGUGCUUCGUUGUUGCAUGCAGGAGACCUAAGUUCGAUUCCCCGAGUGAGGAGAAAAUUGUUAUCGAGUAUCUCGGUAUUACUGCCGGGAUGUUGUAUCCCUCUCAGCCUGGGUUGGCUGUCACAGGCAGGGCCAGAAACCCGCUUCCUAAAUGAUCUAAAUUGUGUCGAUGGUGGCGUAAAAAAAACCUACAUUCAAAAUCCACUUCCGAGAUUGUGUCCAUAUUGCCUGAAAACAAAGAGAAGACGGUAGUAGCUGCGACACGAUUAGAAUUGAGAUCCAAUUUAACUUUAGGACAAAUUGCGAGAAGAAAUCUCAACUUCAGUCUAAGCACACCCCCUUUUUAAUGCUCAAGUAUAGUCAUGGAAGACUGCAGUUUGAUUUUUUUGCCAUCUUGGGUUAUUCAGGAACCCACACUGGGGUUUACCAUGGUCAUAAAAUUGCUCUGCGUUGUAUUUUGCUUUGUCCCUGGAACGUAUGAGAGGGGCCAUUGUUGUGUAUAAAAACUGCCAUGCUAUGUUGUAGUUCAAAAACUAAUGUGACUUAUUUUGUCCACAGAUAUUAAAAUCAUACUUGUGAAUAUACUGCAUUUUUUAAAAUACACUUGUUAAUGUUCUGCUAGAGAAAGUAAUGGCUAUAAAAGUUUGUGUGAAUUUUUCGCUCUCUGGCGAAGUGUAACAAAUAAAUUUAUAAAAAGGUAAACGAA